UCCUUCCAUUGAAGCGCAUCCUAAUUCCAAACCACUCCGUAGCCGCCGUAUCUCUCUUUCUCUCUCUCAUCCAAUCGCCGGAGCGCAAUCGAGGGUCUCGCCUCGUGCAUGUUCAAACGCCGCCCUACGCUGCUCGCCAAUCGGGGGAGAGUGGGGUAGGAUGUAGGUUGCUUGCCUGAUCGGGGGCCAUGGGGAGAGCGGUCGUGGGGGUCGCAGUCACGGUCGCCGUCGCCACCUGCGCGGUGGCGGCGCUGGUCGUCGGCCGGAGACUGAGGAGCCGGAGGAAGUGGAACAAAGUGGCCAGUGUGGUCAGGGAACUCGAGGAAGGGUGCGACACCAGCGUUGGAAGGUUGAGGCAAGUCGUGGAUGCCAUGGCGGUCGAGAUGCACGCCGGUUUGGCCUCUGAAGGUGGCUCCAAGCUCAAAAUGCUUCUCACAUUCGUCGAUAAUCUCCCCAAUGGGACUGAGAGAGGAACAUAUUAUGCACUUCACCUUGGGGGUACGAAUUUUAGGGUUUUGCGGGUUCAAUUAAGUGGUCAACCAUCUUCAGAUUUGGAACAUGAAGUAGAAGUAGAACGACAACCAAUCCCCGAAGAUGUAAUGACCAGCACAACUGAGGAUCUCUUUGAUUUUAUUGCGUCUUCAUUGAAGGAUUUCAUUGCUAAAGAAGGAGAUGGUUUGAAUAUUUCACAUGACAGAAGGGAGCUUGGGUUUACAUUCUCCUUUCCUGUGAAACAAAUGUCUGUUUCCUCAGGCAUUUUAAUCAAAUGGACAAAAGGGUUUUCAAUUCGAGAUUUGGUAGGAAGAGAUGUUGCAGCAUGUUUGCAAGAAGCCUUGACACGGAAAGGCCUAGAUGUGCGGGUGGCUGCCUUGGUUAAUGACACUGUUGGAACAUUAGCAGUUGGACAUUAUCAUGAUCCGGAUACUGUUGCUGCAAUUAUAAUUGGUACUGGUACAAAUGCCUGCUAUUUGGAACGAAUUGAUGCUAUUAUCAAGUGUCAAGGUCUUCUUAUGACAUCUGGACGCAUGGUUGUCAAUAUGGAAUGGGGAAACUUUUGGUCAUCUCACUUACCAAGAACAUCGUAUGAUAUUGAUUUGGAUGCUGAGAGCCCAAAUCCAAAUGAUCAAGGUUUUGAGAAAAUGAUAUCAGGAAUGUAUCUUGGUGACAUCGUGAGGAGAGUCAUUCUCAGGAUGUCAUUAGAGUCUGAUGUCUUGGGACCUAUUUCACCCAAGCUUUCAACACCUUUCAUACUGAGGACUCCUUUCAUGGCUGCCAUGCAUGAGGAUAAUUCUCCUGACUUGAGAGAAGUAGCAAGAAUCCUUAAUGACAUCUUUGAGAUUCCUGAUGUUCCUUUGAAAGCAAGAAAAAUUGUGGUGAAGGUGUGUGAUGUGGUGACUCGUAGAGCAGCACGAUUGGCAGCUGCUGGUAUUGUUGGUAUCUUGAAGAAGAUUGGUAGGGACGGGAGCGGUGGCAUCACAGGCGGACGAAGUAGAAGUGAUAUGAAAAUGAGAAGAACAGUUGUGGCAAUUGAAGGGGGAUUGUAUUCUAAAUAUUUAUUGUUUAGGGAGUACUUGCGUGAAGCUCUAAAUGAAAUAUUAGGGGAAGAUAUUGCCAAACAUGUAAUUCUAAAGGUCACUGAAGAUGGAUCUGGCAUUGGGGCGGCACUGCUUGCUGCCUCCUAUUCAUCCUAAACUGUGGAUAGGGUACACCUGCUAUAAAUAUAUAUAAAUUAUUUGAUAUAUAUAUGUAUGUAUAUAUGUGUAUAUAUAUAUGUACAUAUAUAUAUAUAUAUAGAGGCACACACACACGUAUAGUCAUGUAAAUCAGAAUUUAUUCUCCAUGUUUAAUAUCUCUGUAUAAAGGAAGGUUUCGUCUAUUCUUUGACCAAGUUAUCUUCAUUUAUAUAAUUAUUAUUAUUUUUUAA